CGCUGCUGUUCAGUCGGCUUUGCGCGCUCCCGCUCUGGGGCUUCUUCCUCUUCCUCCUCCUCCUCCUCCACAUCCAGAGCAAAGAACCAGGAAGUGAAAGUACACACAUGGAGGGUGUGUCUUCCCCUUCCAGUGUAUGUCUUAUUUUUAUAAACACAGUCCUCCUCGGAUAAUUAAAUGGGGGACUCGGCGAGGACCAAGCGGCGGGAGCAGCUGAAGCGCUGGGCCGGCUCCUGCACGGACAAAGCGUCCGCCGUGCCCCGGCGGAGGUGGCCGGGCGAUGCCGAAGACUGUGAGGGGGAGCUGGUCGAGCCACCGAGGGAGCAGGCAGUGACUGCGGUCUCGGAUGAAGUCAGCCCCCUCCUCAAACGACGGAAAUGCGUGAGGUUUGACAGGGCUGCAGAGUUCCUGGCUGCCUGUGCUAGUGGGGACACAGAGGAGGCCCAUGUGAUGCUGAAAGAGGCCAAAGAAUCCAAUAAGACCAACGGUGAAGAUGUGGGAGACAUUAUCAAUUGCUCUAACGCAGAUGGAAUCACAGCUCUACACCAGGCCUGCAUAGACGGCAGCAUGGAGAUAGUGACGUUCCUUUUGGAGCACGGUGCGAACGUGAACCAGGUUGACAGUGAGGGAUGGACACCGCUGCAUGUCGCUGCCUCCUGUGGCUACCCUGAGAUUGCAGAUUUCCUUUUGCAGCACGGUGCUUCCCUGUCUGCUGUGAACUGUGACGGUGAUGUUCCUCUUGACAUUGCUCUGGAUGAAACAACUGAGUCUCUUCUUCAGCAUUACACUCAGAAACAGGGUGUGGACUUGGAGGCAGCUAAGCGGAUGGAGGAGGAACAAAUCAUGAAAGACGCCCGCAAUUGGCUAACUGAUGGUCCACCUGCUGACGUCCGACACCCCAAGACCGGGGCCACCCCACUGCAUGUGGCUGCAGCCAAAGGCUACUUGGAGGCCUUAAAAAUACUGUGUCAGUGUGGCCUGGAUGUGUCAGCUGUGGACUUUGAUGGCUGGACACCUCUCCAUGCAGCAGCACACUGGGGUCAGGGGGAGGCUUGUCGCAUUCUUACUGAACACUUGUGCAAUAUGGAAUCCCGCAGCAAUGCAGUGAGGACCAAAAAUGGUCAGACGCCAUUUGACGUUGCUGAUGAAAGUGUCGAGGAACUUCUGGAGGAGCUUUCACAGAAACAAGCGAAUUGGCGUAAAGAACAGUCCAAUCUUGACAGUAAAAACCAACAACCAUCCACUGCAAAUGCACAAAACAGAAAGCGGAGGAGCUCGGUGUGCAGGAUGAGCAGUAAAGACAAGAUGAACGUGCAGGACCAGUCUAAAGAGAGGGGCGUCUCUGGAGAGCUGGAGCUGAGCGAAGAAAAAGACAGCAGUCCCGAAAGCUCUAUCGUGUCUAGUCCAGACACUGAGAGUGUGGCCACGUCUACAGUGAGUCCAGCUGACAAGACACCAGAGGACAAAGACGAGGAGGAGAGGGAGCAGGACAAGGCAAGCCGCACGGCAAGAGUCCAACCCACACCUCAGACGAGGGACGCCAACGCUGAGAGUCCCAACAACCCCAACGCCGACAGGCGCAAGUUCCAGGCUCCAGUCAGAGACGAAGAGUCUGAAUCUCAGAGGAAAGCUCGCUCUCGGCUGAUGAGACAGUCUCGCCGCUCCACACAGGGUGUGACUCUGACAGACCUGAAAGAAGCAGAGAAGGUUGCGGCGAAAGCUGCGGAUCCUCCAGCUCGCACCGUCCAGCCCGUCAGCCCCAUAGUCACCAUCACACCUGCUGAAAGGGAGACGGACACGGUGAAGCAGGUGGAGCAGGACGGAGACAGGCGUCUGGCAGUGAAGGACAGGAGGAGAGGCAGGAAGGAGAGACGCUCCACUGGUAUCGUUCAGCCGGGAGAGAAUGAAGAUGAGGACGGUCAUCUGGAAGAAACACUCAGUAUUAGCACCUCUGGUGAGACUCACCUGGGCGACUCGUCGGCUGACUACAGAACGCUGUACUUGAAGGUACUGCAGGAGAACCUGGCUCUGAAGGAGAAGGUGCAGGAGAUGGAGCUGCUCCUCAGUCAAAACAAAGUGGAGCUGGAGAGACUCCGACAGGUUCGGCAGAAUCAAGAGAGCAGCACAGACAGACCAGCCCUGCUGGAGCUGGAGAGAUUUGAGAAGUUGGCCCUCCAGAGGAGAGCAGUGGAACUGGAGGACGAGCUGAAGGUUCUGGGCGACCUGAGAUCAGACAACCAGAGGCUGAAGGACGAGAACGCCGCUCUGAUCCGAGUCAUCAGCAAACUCUCCAGAUGAACCUGGACAAAACUACAACCCUACAACGUGAUAAAAAGUAUUAAUGGGAUUUCUGUUUUGUCCAAGAACAGAGAAUCAGCAUCAAACACCUGCAGAGCACAUUCAACAGUAACUGAGAGGAAAGAUUUCAGGAUUAUUAGCUUGUUUUGGGCCUUUUUCUUUAUGAUUUGGCAAAUCUACUGUACAACAAGCUGAAGUGCUGCACCUGCUGUGGACUGACGGGAUGUUCCUGCUCGCAUCCACUUUUAUAUUAUUUUACAUUUUUAUUAUUAUAUUGUUGUAUUUUUAAAAAAAGGAAAAACUGGAAAUAUUUGAUGUGCUUUGCUUCUGCAAGACUUUGUAUAAAGAUCUGUAUUAUGAGACUUAAAGCCAUGCACAGUGUGACUUCACGCCUGUUUCACAUGUUAAACUAAAUGCCAGUUGAGAGCGGAGGCUUGUCGGAAAACAAACCUUUAUUUUGAAGCCAUGGGUUUCAUGAUUUAACCGUAAAUUUAGCGAUCGCGUAAUAAUGGAGUAAUCGUUGCAGCCCUAAUUGGACCAUUAACUCCUCAGGAAAAUGUCAUUUUCUCAUAGACUUCCAUCCAAAUACAGUUCCUUUUGCAGCUAGUGGAGAUUUGCCAUUUGUGUCAGUUUAAAUGGGAUUAUAAUUUAUAAUUUACCAAAUGGACACAACCUUAAACUUGUGGUUGAGACAUGAACUGCUCAGGAGAACGGUUACUGACGUUUUAGAUCGAGCUCAUUUUCCUUUUUCAGACCUCCAUUCAAGAGGAGCUCUAGAGGAGUCGCCCCCUGGUGGCUAUUCUAAUAUAUUCUUCCUUCCUGAUUGAAGUCCUUGAGAAAAAAACGUAACGACACAAAUCUCCAGUCUUCACAACAUGUGUAUGUUUUUAUUCACAAUCUGUGUUUAACCAUAACACGUUAGUCUUCUGUUUUUUUCCAAUCAAGUCGAUCAUGAAUUAAGAAUAAAUUGAACAGCCACCAGGGGGCGAUCUCACACCUUAGAAAUCCACUGGCUACAUUUUGAACGUAAAUGUGCAAAUCGUGUUUCCAUUGUGAGGAAAAAUGACGAUCUGAGUCACCUGAAAACAUCUUCACAAGUCUCCACAACAAUUAAGAUUUCUUGUUUCUUUAUUGAAUAUCUGAAGCUAUUUUUCCUUGAUAUGAAUCUGCAUUACUGUACAACAAUGAUUCAUCCAUUCACUUGUUGUAAAUGUAUUGUUUUUCUUACUUUUUUCCUUGUUUUUUUUUUUCCCAAACUCUGUUUUUGUUUUCAUGGAGUACAAGUACAUGAAGAAGGCAGCCUGGAUGUAUUAUAAGAACUGGAAAGAGCUCCGCCCCCUUUGCCUUGAAGAUAUUUUUUUCCAGUGGCCACUCAUGGAACUGCAACAAGAAAUACUCAAACUGCCCAAAAAGCCAUUUUCAGCAGUAAAAGAGACUAAAACUGUCCACACAUGGAGACAUGGACACAGGCAUUUAUAGAUCUUUAUAUUUUAUAUUUUUAAUUCAUGGAGUUUCAUAUUUGUAAAACCUUACUAAAGUCCAUGAAAAGCCCAGAAAAUUCUUAUUUCCCAGAGUGACAUCACAGGUGUGUACGAGCACAGCAAAGCCUCUCGGGAACGGCUACUGUCAAGAAACCGUACGAUAUGAAAACUUUAUGAGAAAUGUGAAUAAAUGAAGGUGAUGGGGA